AAGAUCUGACUUUACAUUUUAAAAAUGCACACAAAUGUUAGUGCAGAUCGUGGUGGAUCAUGGAGAUUACCACCAGAUGAAACAUUGCAGGUGCAAGACCCGAAGCAGAAAGAUCAAGACAUUGAUCUCGAUGAAGGACAUAACUGGCGAAGUAUAAUCUUUUCAUUGCUCGUGAUUAGUUUUGUAAUAGCUGGUAUUAUUACUGCAAUAUAUUUAUUGGGAUAUGUGGAUGAGCUUUUAUAUUGGUCAGGCCGCAGAAUGAUUUUAGAUGAAUACUUACAAGGAGAAUUGACACCAACUAGAUUACAGCCGUCAUGGGUAACACCUCAAAAGUAUGUAUUUCAAGCUGACGACGGAGGGCUUGCCAUUUUGGAUACAGCAACGAACUUAAUAAACAUCUUAGUAACAAAUCACACUCUUCGUCAAUUGAAUGUACGUGGAUAUCAGUGCUCACAUGACCUUAAAUAUGUGUUAUUUAAGCAUAAUGUAAAGAAAACUUUUCAGAAGUCGUUUACUGCAUUUUACACAAUUUAUGAUGUAGAAAAUGAUCACCAUAUGCCUGUCAAAUUAAAAGGCUCAUUGAAGGUGCAAAGAACGCGACUUCAAUAUGCAGCAUGGCUCGGUAACACGACUACAAUAAUAUUUGUAGCAGACAAUGAUAUAUUCUUACGACAAUCGCCUUUAACUGAAGAGGACAUUAGGAUAACGACUUCAGGAUGUGAAAAUAAUAUCUAUAAUGGUGUUCCUGAUUGGCUUUACCAAGAGGAAAUAUUUACAAUUCCGGAAGCGAUUUGGUCGUCCGCUGAUGGAACCCACUUCAUGUUUGCUGUAUUUAAUGACACACAAGUUGGAAUGAUGACGUAUCCGUGGUUAUCGUCUGGAGCCUUGUUUGCUGGAUCCGGCAUGUCCUCAGGCAGUUACUUUCCAGAAACCAAAAAUGUUAGGUAUCCAACGCCAGGCACUGUCAAUCCAGAAGUUCAGUUAUGGGUGGUCGACAUUACCAACUUUGGUUCCAUAGAAAAGGUUGAAUUGAGACCCCCUCAAUCUCUUAAUGGACAGGACUAUUACCUAACGUCAGCGGGCUGGGUAUCUGAUAGCAAUCGCCAGGUAUCUGUGGUCUACAUGGGACGAUCUCAAAACUAUAGUGUGAUCACUACAUGUUCUAAACUACAAAAUUGGAGUUGUUCAGAAAUUCACUCCGAACGUGCUCCCGAAGAUGAAUGGUUAGAUAUAUUUCCUCACCCGAUUUUUUCGUCGGAUGGCAACAGCUUUUUACUACUCGCGAGUAUUCAAGAGUCUGGGCAUGAUCAUUUUACGCAUAUAAAACACAUAACAAUAUCGCAGCAAAGAAUUUCUGUUAUCUCUCAUGGUAGAUAUGAGGUAAUAAAAAUACUGUGUUGGGAUACGAUAAAUCAUAUAGUAUACUAUUUGGCUACUCAAGAUAAGAAGCCGGGUCAAAGACAUUUGUAUACUGUUAAAGAUCCAAUACAUGAUGAUACAAGAAAAACCGAGCCACAAUGUAUUACUUGUGAUUUAGGCGAGGCCCUCUGGAGCAGUCGGUAUUACUAUAUAAACUGUUCACAUUUUGACGCCUUUAUUACUCCGUCACUAGGCGUGGCAACAAGCUAUGGAAUUGAGUUCUACAUCUUGGAAUGCCAAGGUCCUGGACUGCCAGUAUCGGGAGUUCACAUGCAUAAGACUCACAGUUUAGUCAAAAUUUUAUAUGACACGCGGCCAUUUUAUACAGAGAAACUCCAAAAACUCGCGUUACCAAUCCAGCGAUCAUUUGAAAUCCCCUUGCCACAUGGAAGCCGAGCUCAGGUUCAAUUGCUGCUGCCACCCAGCUGGAGAGAAGAGCUACGGGACGCUGCGUUUCCUGUUGUUGUCGAAGUAAAUGGUCGACCCGGCUCAGUAUCAGUUUCCGAAAAGUUUAGAAUAGAUUGGGGAACAUAUAUGUCUUCGAGAAAUGAUGUUAUUUAUGUCCGCCUAGAUGUUAGAGGCGCAAAAGGGCAAAGCAAAAAAUCGCUGUAUCGUCAUUUGGGAGGAGUCGAAGUGGUAGAUCAGAUCUCUGUCCUAAGAUACCUGCUAGAUACCAUUAGUUUCCUAGAUGAAACCCGAGUUGGUAUAUGGGGCUGGGGCUAUGGGGGCUAUGUUACCUCAAUGGUUCUUGGCACGCAGCAGGAUGUGUUUAAGUGUGGAGUUUCGGUAUCCCCUAUUGCAGAUUGGCUUUAUUACAAUUCGGCGUUUACCGAGCGUGUUCUGGGACUGCCUGCUGAAAACUAUAAAGGAUACGUUGAAGCCGAUGCAACGCAGCGUGCUCGUCUCAUAAAAUCAAACUCUUUUUUUUUGAUUCACGGCUUGGCCGACUCAACCGCUCCAUAUGUGCAUGGAGUGCAGCUAGCUAAAUCAUUAACAGACGCAAAUAUUCUGUAUCGGUACCAGACUUAUGCUGAUGAAGGUCACGACUUAAAUGGAGUACUUGAGCAUGUAUAUUCAUCGAUGGAGCAUUAUUUUGCAGAGUGUUUAAGCUUGGAUCCGGAUGACACAAAACCUGACAUAGAUCAAAAUAUGGUUCCAGCCGAGUAAAAAGUAAUAAUAGAAUAUGUAAAUAAAUUAGUAUUAACGAUUCACGGACUCAUAGCUAAGGAAUAGAAAACUUUGAAGGUCGUGACAAUAUUGAAUUUAAUCGGAAACGAAAAUUUUGCUUUAGUCCGUCUAAAACAUCUCAAUAGAUAUUUAUACAUAUAUUCAAUUAACGGCUUUUUGGUUCUUCCAUUAUACCAUGUAAAACAAGGAUGAGCCCAGAGAUUUAGAUAUUAAUAUAUUUUAUUGGUAUGUUUUAGGAAACGUUAUCUUUGGACAUGUUUGUAAAACUUUAACUUUACUUUUGUAACCUUUAUAUUGUUCUUUACACAAAGUACUCCUACAUUAAUAGCGCGGUUCAACUAAGAAGAUAUUCUCAAAAAAUACCAACU